ACGAAAACUAUCACAUCUAUCUUUGCAAUCCUCAUCUACGGAAUAUUCCAUUGACCUUCUCACCAAUACCGAGACGUUGCGAUACGUAUUUCGAAGGCCCAUGCAGCUGCUGCGGCAUUCUCGGUGGCUUGCUGCCGCGUGAUAGCCAGAAUGGGCGACGAAUCAUCGAUGACUCUUGAAGGCCGACGUGCAUAAGCCACAACUUGUCGAGGCUGUGUGAGAGCUGAGCAAGUUCUCUGGCCUGCUUCACCAAUCUUUCUCCAUCCCUAGCCAUGAGAACAAUCUUCAGAUUCUAUCAUUAACGUAGUCGUCGCGUUUGUAUACGGCCCCAUCAUUCACAAUGACCUCGGAUCUGUCGAAAUAUACCAUCGGCUGGAUUGCUGCGCUUCAUAUUGAGCUGGCUGCCGCCACUGUCAUGCUUGACGAAGAAUAUCCCGGACUUCCUUACGACGAGCGAGACCCAAACCAAUACACGCUCGGGCGCAUCGGCGGACACAAUGUUGUGAUUGCAUGUCUUCCUGCCGGCCAAACAGGCACUAGUGCAGCGACUGCGGUGGCCACACAAAUGCUCAACAAGUUCAAAUCGGUUAGAAUCGGCUUCAUGGUGGGCAUUGGAGGAGGUGUUCCAAGCCCAAAGGCUGACAUUCGUCUGGGAGACGUCGUUGUUAGCUUGCCAGACAUGGGCCAUGGAGGUGUUGUACAAUACGAUUUUGGGAAAGCUGAAGCUGGAGGGCGCUUUCGCCGAACUGGCCAUCUCAACACACCACCGAAGCUUCUCCUCAGUGUUGUCAAACUAGCCCGAGCCAGGUACGAAGUGGGAGAAAGUAAACACGUUCAGUAUCUAGCGAAAUUUAGCGAGACGACAAUCCUUAAGAAACGAUUUUCUCGCAACAGCACUGGGCAAGAUAAGCUUUUCCAGCCCACAUACGACCACGCUGGAGGAACAACAUGCGAAAAUUGCAAGUCUGAGAUGCUUCUCGACAGACCGCUGAGGGAAGUCGACGGUCCAUCUGGGGCAGACAGUACUGUUGAGGUCCACUUUGGAACCAUUGCUUCUGGUAACAUGGUCAUGAAGGAUGCAAAUUUGAGAGACAAUAUUUCAGAACAACUUGGCGGACAUAUACUCUGCUUUGAGAUGGAAGCAGCAGGUCUCAUGAAUGAUUUCCCAUGCUUAGUCGUCAGGGGCAUAUGCGACUAUGCCGAUUCUCACAAGCAAGAUCAAUGGCAAAGAUACGCAGCCGCUACCGCCGCUGCAUAUACGAAGGAACAUCUCAACUUCGUUGGCCGAGAGAAAAUUCUUCAUGACCUCCAUAGACUCAUGGAACUGCAAGGAGGUGAGGCCGCCAUCUGGGGUCUUGGUGGUUGCGGAAAGAGCGCAAUAGCAACGGAAUUCGCUUACCAGAUACACGACCGAGAACCUAGCUGUGCGGUCUUCUGGGUACCCGCCAUUGACCCUUAUCAUUUUCGACAGGCUUUCCGAGAGAUCGCGAUUUUUUAUGAGCUACCUGGGGCCGAUAAUCUAGAAAAAGAUAUCGUGGAGGCUGUGAAAGCUAAACUGAUGGAAGGGACCGCACUCAGAUGGCUUUUGGUCAUAGACAACGCAGACGAUACAGACUCUUUAUCGUUUGUGCGUAACGGUGUUCAGUGUUCGUUGCUGGAGGAUGUGCCCUCGAAGAAAGGUUGCAUGACUUUGUUCACGACCCGCAGCAAAAAGAAUGCAAUCCGGCUUGUUCGUCGACCUAGUUCCAUCAUCGCAGUAGAAAGUUUCGAACUCCCGGACGCUAGAGAGCUGUACCAAUCGCUAACGUACUCUGAAAGCACCACUAGAGACUCGCAUGUGGAUGCGCUCCUCCAAGAGCUUGCAUUCUUACCACUUGCUAUAGUACAAGCAGUCAUGUUCAUGCGAGAGAACAGCUUGCACGAGAGCAGAUACCUUGAGCUGUUCAGAUACCAGAAACUACAAGAUCAGUCCACAGACCUUUUGGCUCAGGAAUUUCAUGACCGUAACCGCUAUUUCGGUCACGCUAACGCUGUUACCACAACAUGGCAUCUCUCAUUCAAGCAGCUGCAAUUCCACAACCCUUUGGCGGCCCGAUUGUUGUCUUUCCUGGCCUGUAUCGCUCCGCUUGAUGUUCCUGAUUCUAUAAUGCUACCCGGAACCUCGGAUCCUUUACUGCGCCUAUUGGCCAUAGAGAUGUUGAUCGGUUAUCAAUUUCUGAUACGCCACCGAGAUGACUCGCUCUACGAUGUGCAAUCUCUAGUCCACACUACAGCCAGACGCUGGCUCGUGAACGCUGGAACCUGGACCACUUGCACCGAGAGUGCAAUACAGAUGCUUACCCCGUUGAUACCACAUGGAGGCUAUGAUGAUCAUAUCAACUAUCAGUUGCGCGUUGGGCAUGCCCUGCACCUUCUCAGCCAUUACUCGACCCAGCAUGAGAGAACCAUUGAGCUGUGGAGCCGCGUCGGCGACUGCCAACGCGAUCUUGGAUACUACAGCAGUGCCGAACUUUGCCAUCGGGUCGUCCUGGAUUGGAGACAAAUACACUUGGGUCCGUGGCAUCCUAAAACACUACAAAAAAGACAGGAUGUUGGUCAAGACUUAAUGCUGUUGGGGCAGUAUAGCCGUGCAGAGGCUCUACAUCGAGAGACUUUCGCGUUGAGGUGUUUGAACAUCGGUUUAUCUACUGCGGGAGCGUUGAGUAGCAUGCGGAAUAUUGCAGAAGCGCUCGGUUUCCAAGGAAAGUGGAAAGAAUUCGAGAUGAUCGUGGUCGAACUAGAGAAAUUGAGCCGAGCAUGGCUGGGACCCACUCAUCCCAUCACUAUCUCUAGCCUGAAAGCUCUCUCUGUCUGCUCUUGCCGACUCGGAAGAUAUGAAGAGGCCGAACAACUAGCAAGUCAGCAAGUUCUGGACUCGAGGACGAAAGUGCUCGGAUCGCGUCAUCCUGAUACGUUAACUGCUGAGACCGAAUUGACACGUCUCCUGUCUCGCCAGACAUCAGCAUUGGAGCAUGUUCUG